AUGAAACUUACAUAUUCACAAGAACAACUUUUAAUAAAAGAUGAAAAUAAAACACCUACGUUAGAACAACAUCAUCCUGGACGACUCUUUGACGAUCAAAAGACACCAACAUUAGAAACAUUUCAGGACAUUUUGAAACAACAAAAAAAAGAUCAACAAAAAAAAGAACAGGAAGAGAAAAAAGAUAAACAUAAAACUGAAAUACAAGCAGGUCUCGGCUUAACAUUACCAAUACCAUCAUCCAAAGAAAACCUUCAUAUUAACAAUAACAAGAACACGAACUACGAAACCAAUAUGGUAAAUAAACAAAACCAUCCAUAUCAUAACUACACGCAGAAAAACACUACUACUUUUGAGAAUGAAAACAAUAAAAAAUCAAUACGAAUGUCAUUACUGAUUAACAAGCACAAUCCAAAUAAUAAUACUACAAGUUUCAUACGAAACACUUUGGUGAGGCCUGGAAAUGAAACACCUCCUUUAAAUAUGCAAGAAAAGCAUUUAACCACUACAUCUAGUAGAUACGAUGAUCCGAUAGAAGCAUCUAAUAAUACAUUCAGUUUUGAAACAACAAUAAAUACACUAGAAACGAACGAUGAAGAAAAUUCACAAGAAGAGGAAGAAAAUGAAAAUGAGGAGGAUAUUUACUUAAAAAAUGAAAACUCUACAUUAACAACACUAGAAGGUACUUCAAAUUCCUAUUCAAAUAGACAAUGGAAUUCGAAUUCAACUUUAGAACCAAAUAAACAACAGUCUGACAAAACAGUAACACACGAUAACGAUGAUUCAAACAUAAACAAAGAAAUGGCGAAUUUCGCAUAUCUUUUCAUUACAGCUAUAAGUUCAUUCGAUUCGUCAACUUUAGAUGAUGAAGAUGAUAGAGAAAUUUGUUUAUCUUUCCAAAAAGGUGAUAUUGCAUUUGUUCAUAACGUAGAUGAAUCAGGUUGGGGUGAAGUAACAUUAAUUUCAAAUAAACAAAGAGGUUGGAUACCAUUCAAUUAUUUUGAAGAUACAAUCAAAACUGAAGAACAAAUAAAUACCAAAAUAACAUCGAUAGAUAAGACAUCAAUACUAAUAGAGACCAAAUCACCUUUAAAAGAUUUUUUAUCGAAAUGUGCCACUUUCAUUUUAUACCCAAAGGAUUUCCCAUUAAAAACAAAAAAUAACGCCAAUUAUAAUGAAAUUCAAUCAUACACGUUCAAUAUUGAAUAUAUUAACAAUAUCAGAACUGGAGUAAAAACACUUCUACAAAUGACAGAAUGUGUUUCUAGAUCAAAUGAACUUGUUUUGAAAAACACAAAUUUGAAAAAAUCAAGAAAGAAAUUAUUAGCAUCAUGGUACAACUUAACGAUAAAAGCUGACUAUUAUAAGCGUACAACACAAGAUUCAAAUAUAAAUAAACUAUUAACUUUGGUUUAUGAAUUAAUCGACAUUGCAUUCCAAUUUUUUAGAAUAUGGCGAAAUUCUAAAUUGGAACUUAAAAACGAAAAUGAACACGAAAACGAAAACGAAAUAAGGUCAAAAGAACCAAAAAAAAUAACCACUCCAAUAAAUGUAAACAAAGAUCAAAUACCAAACCUAACAGAUCCACCGACUGCGAAAAAAAGGUUAAAUGAAAUAAACGACAUUCUUUUUAGAUAUAUCGCCUUAAUCAUUGGAAGAUUAGAUUUAGUAGAGAAUAAUCCAAGUGGAUGUGAAUUAUUAGAAAUAAUUACACACCAGAUAAUCCUUUUACUUAGAGAAUUACUUUACAUUUCAAAAUCAUGUUCAUACAUAAUACGAGAAAAGUAUCAAUAUGCAUACGAAAACACAUUUGAAUCAAAUUUAGAUCCUUUAUUAUCAUUUGUCUCUGAAUUAGUGUCAUGCAUUAAAAUAUUUGUUACAGGAUCUUUAACACAAAAAUUAAAUGAAUUGAAACCAAACUAUAUAUCAUUACCUUCAGAGAAAUCUAAUUCACCAAGAUAUUCAUCAACAGGUGAAAAAUUAAUAAUUAUUUUAUCAAAUAUGGGGACACUUAUUGCAACUACAAUAACUAGUUGUAAUAACUAUCUAAGAUUAAUAGGAGAUUUAACAUUAGGAAAUGAUAGAAAAUAUCCAAAUUUUGUAAAAAUAAUGAUAACACCAGAAAUGUUCAUUAAUAAAUGUACCUUGGAAAUCAAAAAACGUGUAAAUAUUCAAAAAUUAGAAAAUUCAAUGAAGGAAAUGGAAAUAAAGGAUAUAAAUUCAAAUACGAAAAAUGAUAAAUUAAUAAGAUUUUCAACAAUACGUUCCGGUAUUAAUAAUCUUACAAACAGUGGGACGCGAUUAAUUAAUGACUUAAUUCAAACACAAGAAGAAGGAGAACGAACAAAAUCUUUCAGUAAAGAUCCAAUUUUCAACAAAUACAAAAUCGAUGCUAACAAUGGAUUUGAAAAUACUAUUGAUCCAAUUAAUAAUAAAGAAACAAUAUAUGAAGAAUUGAUCUUCAAUAAAGAAGAUAAAAUAAUUGGAGGUUCAUUUAGAGCAUUAAUUUAUAAAAUGACAGAUGAACAAAAUAAACCAGAUGAUUUCCUAUUAUCAGCAUUCCUUUUAAAUUUCAAAAUUUUUGGUAGCGCUAACGAACUAACUAAUGAUCUAAUUGCAAGAUUUGAUUUGAAUGAUACAUUAACACAAUUCGAAAAUCAAACAAAUAAUAAUAACGGGAAAUAUAGUUCAAGAGCAUCAAAAAUGAAAACUAGAAGGCGUAUGGUUUGCAACAUCUUCAAUUCUUGGAUGAAAAGUUAUUGGGAUUAUACAGAAGAUUUUGAAAUUUUACCAACAAUGAUUAAUUUUUUCAACGAAGGAGUGUCGGAAUUUUUACCAAUUGAAUCAAAAUUGUUAAUUGAAUUAGCAUGUAAAUUGUUAAUAAAUAGAGAUAAAAACAUUCAAGUAAUAAAAAUGAAACAAUUACAUGCACAAUUAUUGCCAAACAUUAUUAAAAAAUCAAAUGUAUUCUCGAUAAUCUCUGAUACUUCAAUAUCAGCUAAUAGUAGUAGAACAUCAAUGACUUCGUUAGCCUCGUUAGAUGAAAAUAUGAUAGAAGAUUAUAACUUAACUAAAGUCAAUACGGAUAAUAAUGAAGCAUCAAAUUUAGAAUUACCAUUACUGAACUUAGGAACGUUUUCAUUGCUUUCCAAAACAGACGUGAAGAAUAUUGAAAUAGUUGUUCAAAAUUAUUAUAAGUUGACUAAAAUGUCGUUAGAUGAUGAAAGCAUUGAACCGAAAUAUAGGGUAAAUGAAAUGAUUAAAAAGUGGAUAACAUUAUUCAAUAAAAUUAAUGAAAUCCCCAAACAACAAUUCUCUUACCAAAGUCUGACAUUUGCGGAAUUUAAUUCCUUAGAAGUGGCAAAACAAUUAACGCUAAUAGAAUCAGCACUAUACAACAACGUGGAAGCAACAGAAUUGAUAAACAAAAACUUCUUUAUUAAAAAUAAAACUUUGAAUCGUUCUCCUAACGUUAAUGCCAUACUUUCAUUUACAAAUCAACUUUCAAAUUAUGUUGUUGAAAAUGUUCUUCAACCAAAUAUCGCCAAUAGAAUUAGAAUUAAUAGGUUGAAAAAUUGGUUAAGGAUAGCACUCUCUUCGUUAUAUUUUAGGAACUAUAACUCAUUAGCUUCUAUCAUGACAGCGUUACAAAAUUCUCCAAUUACCAGGUUAUAUUACCUAUGGGACGAACUUUCUGAAAAAGAUAUGAAAUUGUACGAAUAUUUAUCCAAAAUCAUCCAUCCAAACAACAAUUACAAAAUUUAUAGACAAAAAAUAAGAACACUUAAGGAACAAUUAGACACAACAUUAGAAUUUUCUAAAUCACCACUACCUGUUGUACCAUUUUUUAAUCUUUUUUUGCAAGAUUUAACAUUCAUCAAUGAUGGGAACGCAGAUUAUAGAAACCCAGAAUCAUUUAGACCAAAUAAAAUCAUUAACAUUGAUAAAUUCUUUAAGAUUACAACAACAAUUAGUAUUGUUCAAUAUUUCCAAGUAAAAUAUGAUACGAAUGGUAGUGACCCGGCGACAAAUAAUAGAGAUUCAUUUUUCCAUUUGACUGAACAAAUGGGCGUAGAUACGAAAAAUAUCAGAUCAAUUCCAUUAUUGCAAGAAUAUAUAUUCUACGAAUUAUGGAGAGUUAAUUUGGCGUAUGAAAAGAAUAAUCAAAGAGGAUAUGAUUUAAGUUUUCAAUUAUUACCAAGAAACUGA